GCGAGGAAGGGCGCGCGGUGAACGCGCGCCAACCCCAGCCAUCUCAGCCGCCGCAGUUUCUGGUCGGCCCGGUCAGACGUUCGGUGGUUGUGCCUGCUUGUGGUGGAGACGACGGUGGCUGUAGCCGGCUCGGCAAAGGGUAUACCGUGUAGCGUUGUGGCCACUACUGAGUGCUCUCGUCAAGCCUGUCAGUGCGAACUCACCUUGAGCCUUUGAAGCCACCACGAAGACAUGGCGGCGCCUUCCGGGAACUUGAUCCUGGUGGUGCUCUUCUCUGUCUCUUGUGGACUUGCUGCCGGACAGCAGGGGGGCCGAAAUGCAGCAGCGCCGUUCGCCGUCAAUGGGGGCAGCAACACCGCACCGCAGGGUUUGUCUGGCGGCGGUGGCGCCGCAGUGGGUAUGGAGCACCUUCAGGUGGCGCCGGACCUGAAGCAGGCGCUGUCGCUGCGCGUGCCCCAGGAAUUCGUGCGCGACCACCUGGGAGACUACCACUUCCAAAACGCCAACAUACUUCUCAAGGCGCUGCUGCAUCCGACUUUCAAGACGCGCGACCGCAAGAACCGCCACGACUCCUUCGAGCCACUCGACUACAUCGGAUCGUUCGUCAUGGAUUACAUCGUGUCCAGGUACGUGCUCAUGAAUGCUCGCAACAAGUCCCAGCAUCACAUGGCCCAGGUGAAGGCGUCGGUGCUGCGUCAAGAUUCACUCGCCUACUUCGCCGUGAAGAACAACUUCCACAAGUUCGUCUUCGUCGACCGGCCUGUCGAGAAGGCUUCGCUAAGGGAGUUUGCUGAAGGCCUUCGCAGUGUUCAGACCUUGUCUGACCUAAAGUACGCCAAAAAGAAACGCAGCUUCGUCUACAAGUUCUUCAAGUCUGUCUUUGGUGCCAUCUUCGUCGACAGCGGCUACAACGUCCAGGUGGUCGAGCCGAUACUCCUCAAGAUGAUCAAGCGUGAUGUGGACCUCCUCCUCCUGUAGUUUAACUACCUUCGCGAGUGAUUUUUGAACUCCUGGUAGCUCGCUGGAACUGUUCGUACACUUGGAAUCAUUUUCCUCACUUAAGUGGCCAAGCCUGGAGGUAUUGUAGACUGUUGGACCGUUGUGCUGACCCCGCGUGCAUAAAACACAAUACUCCACGAUAUCAACCACUUAACAGCACUGUUCCGCCUAGUUCGCUCGUUUUUAAUCGCAAAUUCAUUAACACUGAGACCACAAAUGAUAUCAAAAGUUGUCGGAAGUGACUAAGCAGAGCAAGAAAGCAAUGUGCUGUUGCGCGCCGCUUUCCGUCCAGUUGCAAUUAGUCACGGGAGCGGUGACGUUGAUUUAUUCGGUCCACUAUCCGGCUGCGUUUGGCCUUGAGACAGAUAACGCUGAAAUAAAGCUACUCCAUCCUGGAGUUGGAUACGAAACAUCGAGCGCCAUCAAAACUGCACGAGACAGAAUAUUUGCGUCCUAUAGUUCUUGAAGCAGAGGUCUGACUGGCAAGCUAUUAUUUCCCCAGCUUGGCACAUGUAUAGUGUUCAUUUUUUUAGAAUACUCACCGAGGGACUUCAAAACAAGGAGGUCAUCUAGGCAGGGUCAUACAAGAUGCUGGUCACAAUAUAAGGGCCACGGUUAUGCUAACGACGAACUUGUUUCAGCUCCGCCUACCACUGCCCGAUACGGUCGCAGAUGAAAGUAAAAAACGUGAUGGCAGGGCACAGUGCAACUUGUUCAUGCCAUACUAACGGCACGGAUAAAAUAUCUGGAAAGUGCAGCUGCCACAGUUGGGUCAUCAGCUCAUCCCCAUUUUGGAGCAAUUCGGCAGGCAUUGCAAAAAUGCUCGGAACUGACGGUUGCAGGGUGGCAGAUGACACGAAAACAAGCAACCGUACAUCCCAUCACACUGUUUAACUUUGUAGUGCCAAAAUUGGGGGAAAUACUGCGCAUUCCGGGACUGAUGCUCGCAGAAUGCAAGAUGGCGUGCGGCUUUUUUCACUGACUAGACCCGUCGAGCUGCAGGCGCCUCGACGGCACGAACGCCCCCGCAUAAGGGGGUCGAUGUUUUUUUUUUAUCUCCUAUUUGCAUCCUGCAAGUGACGUUUUGUUGCCGCAAUAAAUUGGCUCUGCCUCCUGUAUACUGGU